ACAAAACGAUAUUUAAAAAUAGACGAAAAAAGUACUGUAAAUAUUUCCCGGUAACAGAAGCCCUCAAGUACUUCCGGGGCGACGGAGGAAAUAGACGACGCUGUUUUCAAAGAUGGCGGCGCACACGCACAAGAAUAACAAGCCGGGAAUAUCUGGUGGAAAAGAGGCUCAGCCUCUGAUAAUCGCCAAAACUCCGGCGGAGGAACAACGUCUGAAGUUGGAGAGGUUAAUGCGGAACCCGGAUAAGCCAGCUCCGAUCCCGGACCGGCCCAAAGAAUGGAACCCGCGGGCUCCCCCGGAGUUCGUCCGGGACGUGAUGGGCUCCAGCGCCGGAGCGGGCAGCGGGGAGUUCCACGUCUACCGGCACCUCCGACGCAGAGAGUACCAGAGGCAGGACUUCCUGGACAAGAUAGCAUACAAGCAGGACGAGGACCGGGACUACCUGGACAAGGUGGAGCAGAACAAGCUGGCGGCCGACGACCGAACGGCGAAGCGCAGGAAGAAGCGGGAAAAGAUUAAGCAGAAAAAGGAGACGGCGAAGAAGGCGAAGCUGGAGUCCAACAAGAAGGAAGACGACGCCGACAGCAGCAGCUCGGACAGCAGCGACGGAGAGAAGGAGGAACGAGAGGACGACGCCGAGACCCCGAGCUUCAUCAUGGGGAAGAAAUGAUGGCGUGACGUCACUGGCGUGAACGCGCUCCGGAGACGUGACCCGGUGGUGCUCGGCCGUGGCGGGGUCGCACCUGGAUGUGCUCCCGGUUUACCAUGAGACCACCUGCAGGGGACUGACCACCCGAGUGUAGGUGUUCAGCCGCACGACGAGAAGAGACACGUUGAGACACUUCCCGCUAAAUGUUGUUGUCUUCUGGAGCUUCUGGAGUUGGACAAAAGUUGUGUUCAGGUUCUCAAAAAGUCGACAUGAUUGCAUCGUUGAGUCGCGGUGAAUCCGACACAUUUACAUGGGAUUUUUUAAUAAAAAAUAUGAUUAUCCGUCGACAUGUUAUGUGGUUUAUUCUCAUGUAGGUUGCUGAAUUAUCUCUUUCUGGUGUGGUCACUGUUUGGACAUUGUGACGUAAGGGCUGAGGGACAACCACGGUGGUAUUUGAUGUGCAUGUGUGUGUGUGUGUGUGUGUGUCUUCACAACCACAUGUUGAAUCAGUCGUUGCCGCCUUGUGAAGCGGCUCCUUGCACGAAUAUUGCUUGUGGGCACAACAAGGUGGCAGAAAGCAACUCAAAGAAUGAAAAGGCGUGGCUCCUGCAGGCUCAGGAGAUUCACGUGCGAUGUUCCUUGGACAGACUCCUGCUUCUCCACGGCGGUGGUGGCCUCGCUCUGUGGCCUGCACCUUUCUUCAGGCAGGGAGAGUGAAGCCUGACAGGUGGAUGGUGUGUGAAACGGGGGGAGCUCUUCCUGUCCAGUACUGUCAGCUGUCACAGUAACAUUGAGCUUUUUUGAUCUAUCUGUUAUUUAACGUAUUACCUUUUAUUGAAUGGGCUGCUUUAUAGUACAGGAGAGCUGUUAGUCUUGAUUCAUGUGCUGGUGUUCCAUGUGGAUUCCACUUUAUGAGUCUCUUCAAUGUGCAUCUCGUUCAGCUGAUAUGAUUUAUGAACGGCGUGUUUCUCACCAGGGGUCCUGCCCACUGAUUGAAGAUGUCCCUCAUUAAACAUCCACUGAAGUUCCCUGUAGAGUACGAAUGAGGAAUACACUACCGAGCUGUAAUAUUAUAAUGUAGGUAUAAAGCACGGGCCGCCAUGCAGAGCUACACAUCACAUCACGUUUAGAGCCAACACAAAGGUUCCCAUGGCUAAUACGUGGUGGAAAACCUUCCUCUGUGUGUUCUGGCAUCAAUGCUUUAUACUAUUGUAAAGUGUCAGGCAUUUUUCAUAAUGUAAUGUCACCAAACUGGACCGAGUAGAAGUCCUACUGUCUGAAUAUAUUAAAGAUGCUAUUGGCGACGGUC